AUGGGCGUGCGCGGCUGCCUGCUGGCCCCGCUCCUGCUGCUGUGCGCGCCGCCGCACCGGGGCGCCAGAGCCAUGAACGACAUUGGGGACUACGUGGCCUCCAACCUGGAGAUAUCCUGGCUCCCCAACCUGGACGGCUUAAUAGAGGGCUAUGCCCGUAACUUCCGGCCCGGCAUCGGAGGACCCCCCGUGAACGUGGCCCUGGCCCUGGAGGUGGCCAGCAUCGACCACAUCUCAGAGGCCAACAUGGAGUACACCAUGACCGUGUUCCUACACCAGAGCUGGCGAGAUGGCAGGCUCUCCUACAACCACACCAACGAGACCCUGGGCCUGGACAGCCGCUUUGUGGACAAGCUGUGGCUCCCAGACACCUUCAUCGUGAACGCCAAGUCAGCCUGGUUCCACGACGUGACCGUGGAGAACAAGCUCAUCCGACUGCAGCCAGACGGGGUCAUCCUCUACAGCAUCCGAAUCACCUCCACAGUGGCCUGUGACAUGGACCUGGCCAAGUACCCCAUGGAUGAGCAGGAGUGCAUGCUGGAGCUGGAGAGCUACGGCUACUCUGCGGAGGACAUCGUGUACCACUGGUCGGAAAACCAGGAGCGGAUCCACGGGCUGGACAGGCUGCAGCUGGCCCAGUUUACCAUCACCAGCUACCGCUUUACCACCGAGCUGAUGAACUUCAAAUCAGCGGGCCAGUUCCCGCGCCUCAGCCUGCACUUCCACCUGCGGAGGAACCGAGGCGUCUACAUCAUCCAGUCCUACAUGCCCUCCGUCCUGCUGGUCGCCAUGUCCUGGGUGUCCUUCUGGAUCAGCCAGGCCGCCGUGCCCGCCAGGGUGUCCUUAGGCAUCACCACCGUGCUGACCAUGACCACGCUCAUGGUCAGCGCGCGGUCGUCCCUCCCACGGGCGUCGGCCAUCAAGGCCCUGGACGUCUACUUCUGGAUCUGCUACGUGUUCGUGUUUGCCGCGCUGGUGGAGUACGCCUUCGCCCACUUCAACGCCGACUACAGGAAGAAGCGGAAGGCCAAGGUCAAGGUCACGAAGCAGAGAGCAGAGAUGGACGUGAGGAACGCCAUCGUCCUCUUCUCCCUCUCGGCCGCCGGGGUCGCCCAGGAGCUGGCUGUGUCCCGCCGGCCCCGCCGCGUGCCCGGGAACCUCCUGGGCUCCUACAGGUCAGUGGAGGUGGAGCUGGGGGAGCGGAAGAAGGAGGGCGGGGCCCGCCCGGGCGGCCUGCGCGCCAGGCUCAAGCCCAUCGACGCCGACACCAUCGACAUCUACGCGCGCGCCGUGUUCCCCGCCGCCUUCGCGGCCGUCAACGUCAUCUACUGGGCGGCGUACACCAUGUGAG